AUGUUGAAAGAUAGUUUAGGCAUCAGUAUAGAUCCAGUGCUCGGUGUGCUCUCUGAAGUGACAUAUACAAUAUGUGAAGCAUGUAUACUAAGGCUAAAAGACGCAUUUGAAUUUAAGAAGCAGGUUAGAAAAUGUGAGGAAAAGUUUAAAGACUUUUGUAAUAGGAAUGCUAUUAAAGUUGCAAGUGAAAACUCUGACAACUUGGAUAUCAAAAUUGAACUGCCUGAAUCACUGUCAGAUUUCAGGGUGGACAGUUUCGAUGACGAUGAUGAUGAUGAUGACAAUAAAUUCGAUAUUUUCGACAACUUUAACAGUAAAGACCAAACAAAAAGUCCAAAACUUGAUAGCGGAAGUAAACAAAAGAGCAUAAACACAACAAAGAAUAAAGCAAAAACGAAAUUGGAGCAGAUCGGAGGGAAUCAGAGUGUGAAGAAGGAAGAGGCAGUGGAUGAAAAGAAGAAGUCUGAGAAUAAAUCAGCUGAGAAAAAAAAUUCCAUGGAUGAUUGGUUCGAUGAUGACGAUGAUGACGAUGAUGAUGAUGGUUUCGACAAUUUCGACAACUUCGACAGCGAAGACCAAAUAAAGAAAGAUACAAGUCCAACACUGGAUAGCGGCAGUAGACAAAAGGGGAAAAUCACAAAGACCAAAGCGAAAACGAAAUCGGAGCAGAAAAAAGGGAAGCAGAGUGUGGAGGAAGAGGCAGCGGAUGGAAAGAAGAAAACGGGGAACAAAUCAGCUGAGAAAAAAGUUUUAUCGGGUAUUUUGUCACAAUGUCGAGGAUUUUUUUUGAAGGAUAAGGAUAUUGAAGGAUUUUUAGAAGAAACGUUUGAUAUUCCGGAUGAUAGUAACUCGGAAGACGACUUAGAAUCGGAAGGAGAACCAGAGUUGAAUUUAGAAACUUUGCAAAAUCUUUUAGAAGAUGAUUCCCAAAGCCAAGAAAAUCAAAAUAUGCCUGAUACGAGUUCGAAUGUCUCUAUUGAGAGUUUUCAUAAUUCACAGAGAGAUGAAUCUGAAGCUGAGAUUAGUAUACUUGAAGAGUUAGAAGAAGAUUCAGAUGAAUCUGAACCAGAAGAAGAUGGAAAUUGGUGUAAAAGUUUAUGGAUCAGUCGACCGGAACCAGAAGAAUUUGACCGUGUCAAAACAGUGCCUGUGUAUUUAUUGAACAGCAGAGCUCGUCCUUUGGCACACUUUGAAAAAUUUUUCAAUGAAAACGUGUAUGAUCUUAUUGUUGCACAGACAAAUCUCUACGCUGAACAAAAGAAACUACUGCAUUGGGAGCCGGUAACUAAACCCGAAAUUAAAGCAUUCCUUGGCAUUUUGAUUAUCAUGGGGUAUAUUAUUUUACCUCACAUAGAUUUAUAUUGGUCUCGUGAUCCAGGGUUUAGAAUCUAUGAAUUGGCCAAUGUCAUGCCAAUAAAACGAUUCAAAAAAAUACUGCAAGCGCUACAUCUUAACGACAAUUCCCUAGAACCUAAAAAAAGGAACCCCGGGCCAUGA